AUGGAAUUGUUAGCAUCAAAAAUUUAUAUGGAUUGUUUGCGUGCCACUGAUCUGGGUAUUGAACGUGUGCUGGACGAACUUCGAGCUCAAGGCGUGAAUAGACCCAGAAAGUCGGUUAAUCUUCUGUUCAUUUCAAUGGAUCUCACUUUUGGUGCCCAGCAGUAUCAGCUGAAAUCUAGACUUGAGUUCAAUGCCAUUAUCCCAAGAACGUAA